CAUUCAAGAGGAAAAAUGGUGCAGUAUGAAGUGGCCGUGCUCACUGGUGAUCGCCUUAAUUCCACUACUCUUAACAAUGUCUUCAUUAAGCUGGUGGGUACAGAUGGGGAGAGUGAUCGCACGUGGCUCAUGGGCUUGAAAGGGGCUACAUCCUUUGUCAGAGGAGCUGUAUCAAAGUUUAAGGUGUCCUGCCCCACUUCGCUUGGAAAUCUUGUGCUGAUAGAGUUAGACAAACAAUCUCUCCCACUGUUCCCGGAGGACGCUUGGUUUUGUGCCAAGGUGGAAGUGAAAUCCCCUGAAGGAGACAUCUACAGCUUUCCCAUCUACCGCUGGAUUGCUGAUAGCAAGGUGCACCGCUUCAGGGAUGGAAAAGCUCUGAGAGUCUUUGAAGACAACCAUCAUCUUGGCAGGUACAGUCGGCAGCAGGAGAUUCAGCAGCGAGAGGAAGACUAUCGCUGGGAUGCAUAUGCAGAGAAAAUGUCUCACUCCAUGAAGGCAGAAAACCCAUUUUCACUCCCGUAUGAGGUUCAGUUCUCCUUCACCAAAACUAAAGAGUUUCUCUACACUGCUUCCACAGGACUGACUGAGCUGAAGCUGAAGGGACUGGAUAACUGUAAGAAGAAGUGGGAUAAUAUUGACAGCAUCAAUCGAGUGUUGUGCUGCAAAAAGACUGACAUAUCAGAAUAUGUUCAUGAACACUGGAAAGAGGAUGCUUUCUUUGGCUACCAGUUUCUAAAUGGUGUCAACCCCAUGUUGAUUCAGCUUUGUACAGCCCUGCCCAGUAACUUCCCUGUCACUGAUGACAUGGUCUUUCCCCAUGGCCAGUGCACCCUUGCACAUGAAAUGAAGAAAGGGAACAUAUUCCUGUGUGACUACAAGCGUCUGGAUGGAGUAAAAGCAAACACCAUCAAUGGGAAGAAGCAGUACUUGAUGGCUCCUCUCGUCCUGCUCCACAAAGAUCCUCAUGAUAAGCUAAUGCCGAUUGCCAUUCAGCUGAAGCAGACUCCAUCAGAUGACAAUCCGAUCUUUCUUCCUACUGAUUCUGAGUACGACUGGUUGAUCGCCAAGAUUUUUGUAAGAAGUGCAGAUUUCAAUGAGCAUCAGCUCAAUGUUCACCUUCUGCGCACGCACUUGCUGGCUGAGGUUUUUGCAGUGUCACUGCUGCGCAAUGUGCCCAUGGUGCAUCCUCUGUACAAGCUCCUCAAACCUCACACGCGCUACACUAUGCAGAUCAACUUCUUAGCUCGGCGUCUUCUAAUUUCUGACACUGGCAAUUUCACUCAGUUUGCAUCAUCAGGUGGAGAGGGCAUGUUUACCAUCCUACAGAGGUCAGUGUCCUCAUUAACCUACAGCUCCCUCUGCAUACCUGAUGACAUUGCUGAACGUGGCGUGGAGGCUGUGCCAAACUUCUACUACAGGGAUGAUGGACUAAAGGUUUGGGAUAUCAUCCACAGGUCUGUGCAGGGAAUGCUCGGCUACUACUACAAGAGUGACCGUGAGGUCCAGGAGGACUCUGAACUUCAGAAGUGGAUUUUGGACAUUUUUGAACAUGGGUUCCUUUCUCAAGCAGAAACAGGAAUUCCUCAGACAUUUACCAGUGUGACUGAGUUGAUCAAGUUUGUCACCAUGGUGAUCUACACCUGCUCAGCCCAGCAUGCAGCUGUGAACAGUGGACAGUUUGACUAUGCUGGCUGGAUGCCCAACACUCCCAUCUCCCUGCAACUCCCACCACCGACCAAAAAGGGGACGACAAGCGAGGCCACGAUGUUGGCCACCUUCCCUGAUGUCAACGUAACAGUUCAGGGCAUGGCCACCGUGUGGCUCCUCAGCAAGCAGUCCAGUGACUUUGUCCCUCUUGGCCAGUACCCAGAGGACCACUUCACUGAGGAGAUUCCUCGCAAGAUAUUAAAGGAUUUUCAGACGGAGCUUGAAAUUUUGAGUGGAGUCAUCAAAGCCAGAAACAAGCACUUAAACGUGCCAUACACCUACAUGGAUCCAGCAGUGGUAGAAAACAGUGUGGCCAUUUGAAUAUUAGAAGAUAAGAAGACAAAUUUAGCUUUUCAAGCGAAAGCAGGGAAAGAAAUGCAAGUUCUGAGUUUUACUGAUGAAAUGGCGCAACGAACUUACUGCUUCUGAUCAUUGUAUGCUGAUUUGCGAUUUUUACUUAUCUGUUGAAAUAUGUCUGGGUAACAUUUUCAUCACUCUAUGAGAGUGUCUGCUCUGAGCCAGAGUCUUACUAAAACUUUACCAAAUUACAUUGCUUAUAUUUUCAUUAUUUUAAUGUUUUGUUGUGUUUCUCCCACACAGAUUUGUUUUAUUCAUUAAAAAUAUAUUGCAUUACUCCCAAAUCAACAAGCAUUGUUAUUCUGUUAUUGAAUUAGUCCUUGACCUUUGUUUUAAUCACCAAAAAUAAGCACUGUUUUAUGCUUUUAUGCCUUA